CACACUGAUGACGUCGCAGAGAAGGCGUGAUAUGUGUUGACAGACGUGCGCCUCGCCAAUCAGCUUCCGCCCUUAAUAGCAGAACAGGAAGUGGCCAUUGUUGUACUCUGUACUCAGCUGAGCCGAAAGAAGAAGGAGGAAGAGGAAUCUGGGCUGGUGUUCGCGUAGUUGAUGUGGAUGUGAAACAGAUUCGGUGUUUGUUCAGAGAUUUCUGAGAUCUGACUCUUGUAGCUCUCAGACUGAUUCUGUCUGAAGUCCCGCAGAAGACACACAGACGCACUGCUCUCGUUGCCUUGGACAGCACACACACACACACACACACACACACACACACACACACACACACACACACACACACACACACACACACUGGUGAUGUCUGCUGAGGCGUCAGGGGGUGGAGUGGGGUCGGACCCCCCGGUGGUGGCGGCGGCGGCGGGCGGUGUGUGUGUGCGCGAGGAGAAGGCGGGCGUGAGUGUGUGUGCGGGCGUGAGUGUGUGUGCGGGGGCGGGGCUGGCCAGCAGCAAGUACGUGAAGCUGAAUGUGGGCGGCGCCCUGCACUACACCACCGUCCAGACGCUGCGCAAGGAGGACGGCCUGCUCAGCAGCAUCACCGCCGGACACGCCCAGGUCACCAUCGACUCCGAGGGCUGGGUGGUGCUGGACCGCUGCGGACGGCACUUUGGGCUGGUUCUGAACUUCCUGCGUGAUGGAACGGUUCCGCUGCCGGACUCCACGCGAGAACUGGAGGAGGUUCUGAAGGAGGCCCAGUUCUACCGGGUCCAGGGCCUCAUCCAGCACUGCCUCACCACUCUGCAGCGGCGGAGUGUGUACGAGGGAAUGUGUCGUAUCCCCAUGAUCACCUCAGCCAAGGAGGAACAGAUGAUGAUAUCCACCUGCAGGAAGCCCGUAGUGAAGCUCCAGAACAACAGAGGAAACAACAAAUACUCUUAUACCAGUAACUCGGACGAUAACCUGCUAAAGAACAUCGAGCUGUUUGAUAAGCUGGGCCUGCGCUUUAACGGCCGCGUGCUGUUCAUGAAGGACGUGCUCGGGGACGAGAUCUGCUGCUGGUCCUUCUACGGCGAGGGACGCAAGAUCGCCGAGGUCUGCUGCACCUCCAUCGUCUACGCCACCGAGAAGAAACAGACCAAAGUGGAGUUUCCUGAAGCGCGGAUCUUUGAAGAGACCCUCAACAUCCUCAUCUAUGAGAAUGGGCGGAGCUCUGGUCCAGGGGGCGUGGCUCUGUUGGAGUCUGGCAUGAGCUCAUCUCCCGGCAACGGCCAAUCAGAGGAGGAGGGGGCGACAGGGGGCGGGGACAGAAGAGUGAGGCGGAUCCACGUCAGACGACACAUCAUGCACGACGAGAGAGGCCACGGGCAACAGACCGUCUACAAGGACUAACACACACACACACACACACACACACACACACACACACACACACACACACACACACACACACACACACACACACACACACACACACACACACACACACACAUCAUGCACGACGAGAGAGGCCACGGGCAACAGACCGUCUACAAGGACUAACACACACACACACACACACAUCAUGCACGACGAGAGAGGCCACGGGCAACAGACCGUCUACAAGGACUAACACACACACACACACACACACACACACCGUGCAAGAGGAGAGAGGCCACGGACAACAGACUACAAGGACUAACACACACACACACACACACAAGUGACAUAGCAACUCCUAAAGUUUGAAUACACACACACACACACACACACACACACACACACACACACACACAAACACCAUCUCCAGUGUUUGUAACCAUGCUGAGCUGGUUGGGAGACACUGCAGGCAACCGAUCUACAGGGACCGGAGGAGCAGGGUGGUAAAGACCUUAAUCGUGUGUGUGUGUGUGUGUGUGUGUGCACGCACUGUGGCGUGGGGUUUAAAGGUGUCUGGGGUGGGGGAUGUUUGUGGGGUCACAUUUCAUUUAAUUUAAACAUUUAUGUGGUCAUGACACGUCAUAUACAAUUAAUUUAUUCUCUUAAUUUAUUGUGCAGAUUUUUUAAGACAAAGUGUAAUUUAUUUGAUGCGUUUUGUGUGUGUGUGUGUGUGUGUGUGUGUGUGUGUGUGUGUGUGUGUGUGUGUGUUUUGUGUGUGUGUGUGUGUGCGUGCGCGUGCGUGCAAUAUGUGUGUGUGAGGUGAAUGGCGACAUGAUUCUCUCAUGCAGCCCUACCAUUGGUUGAAGCUGGUGAUGUCAUGCAAGACUGACAGGAAGUGGCAUGUUGGCUUCUCAAAAGAUGGAGGCUUGUUUCCAUGGUGAUGAAGCCGUGAUUGCCCUUGUCCCUCCCUGGCUAACGCUAACGCUAACCCUCUCAGCUUCCCCAACUGCACAUGCUGCAGCCACUACCCGUCCAGCAGGGGGCGUAGUUCUUUUGUUUAUGUGUUCUUAAAGGUCCAAUAACGUUCCCAAUAAAAGCUUCCUGAACCAC